CGUCGUCAGGGUCCGGCGGGUCCGAGGUCGCUCAGACCGCUGGCAGCCGCAGCCAUGUUCGGGGGUCUGGGACGCUGCUUCGAGGAGGAUCCUUUCUUCCGGGAUCCUUUUGCUGCACACCAUGAGCACAUGAGGCAGAUGAUGAGGAGCUUCUCUGAUCCCUUUGGCAGGGAUCCAUUCCGCAGCCUGACAGAUGGUGAGGAGAGAGCAGGAGAGCGGGGGGCACGCCAGGACUCUCGGGUUGCCCGGAGAGGAAAUGGCAGAGCAUCCAGCUUCUCCCUCGUGCCCUUUGCAGGCUUUGGCAGAAUGGAUGCAGAUUUUGGGGAACCUUUCUUUGCAAUGGACAGGAUGAUGGCAAAUAUGAGAAACACCAUGCUGGAAAUGCAGAAAAAAUUUGAUGAUCUGUCUGUCCACCCAGAUGCACACACGUUCAGCUCCUCCUCUGUCAUGACAUACUCCAAAGUAGGAGAUGAACCCCCAAAAGUUUUCCAGGCUUCAGCUCAGACCCGCACGGCUCCAGGAGGUGUUAAGGAGACAAGAAGAGCACUUAAGGAUUCUGAAAGUGGGCUGGAGAAAAUGGCCAUUGGUCACCACAUCCAUGAUCGUGCUCAUGUCAUUAAAAAAUCAAAGAACAGCAAGACUGGGGAUGAAGAAAUGAACCAAGAAUUCAUCAACCUGGAUGAAACUGAGGCCCAGACCUUUGAUGAAGAGUGGCAGAAAGAGGUCAUGAAGUUCAAGCCAUCCAGAUCCAGAAGCAGUUUGGAAGCUCCAAAGUACAGAAGUAUUCAUCACGUACCCAAGGAGGAGGGAGCAAGAAGAGAGAAACCAGCUGCAGCUGCGGGUUCCAGGGAGCCCAAAGAGAAUCUGAGUGUGAAAGGAACACCUGUUCCCAUCAAAAGCAGCAAAAAAUAAAUUGCCUCCAUUCUCUGAGUGGAGUUUCUUCAGAGAAGACAAUGGUGCUGCAUUGCUUAUUUUCAUACCAGUGUACAUAGACAUGACCAAUCUCUGUGGCUUUUUAAGAAGUAUCAAUGUACCUUGCUACUCUGAUCUUCUGACAAGCAAAUGGGCUUUGAAACUUCAGAUCCUUGGCUAAACCACCUAGUUUCAGUACAUUAAAAAAAAACUUCCCACUUAGAAGCACUUUAAUGGAUUAGCACAAAUUUUUUUUAAAAAAAAAAAGCUUUGAUUUGCAAGGUUUUUUUCUACUACAACUGCACCAGUCUCAGACAUUUGAUUAAGCUUGGUAAUGAAACUAAUUUUUUCCACACUUUAACUUGCACAGAAAAUAAAUGCUCUUGGUUUUGUGUGGCUGAAGUAAAUUCUAAUUUUCUGGGUGAUACAGCAGUUUGAAUACACUGUAGCCACUCUGUGUGUGUAUAUAAUAUAUAUAUAAAAUCUUUAAACUUGUAAAUUGUUACAGAAUCCCCAGAUUUACCUUGGUUUACCAAGAAGUGACAGGCACACUGAAAUGCCAAGCACUUGUGUGUCAGUGUUCUGAUGGCCAGAAGCUGUGCUUGCAUCUCACUCUUUGUGCCUGGACUCACUUCUGAUCCUUGUUUCCUCUCUUGUUUUUCACUCUGAGAUUCUCCUGAGGAGCUUUUAGUCUUUCUGUAAUCACCACUGCUCUCACACUCGGGUUGUUAGCCAUUAAUGAGAAAAAUGUGGGCAGGAUUGAGCAGGCAGCCUCCUUGGCUCAGGAGCCUGGGGGUGUAAAGCCAAGGUGUGCAGAGGGGAGGGUUUUGUAUUCUCAGUGUGAAGCUGGAAUCCUCCUGUGCUGCUCAGAAUUGAGCCUCCUGGUUCUGUAACACUGCAGCUUCUUUUUGAAGGCUUAGAACAGCCCUGAAAGCACUCCUGAUGAGAUAGAAGUUUAAUAAAUUAAUACUUGGCCUUUAAAUGAUAUUUAAUCUUUCUGAAGCUCUCCCAGUUUAUUUAAUUCUGCUUGUGAACACAUGAAAAUAAUCAGCAGGACUUUUUCCCUUGUCAGAGUUCAGCAAGACAAUUGUUUCUGUGCUUGCUUAAUGCAAUGGUCUCCUCCUUGCCACAAAUAAAUCUUUUUGGUUCUGAGUUCAUCCCAUGGAAUCGUUCUCCAUAGGGUCCAGGUAAGUGGGGAAGGGUUUGAGACCGUGUGAAUGCAGAGGAUGUCUGCCAGAACCCUGAAACUUCCUUAAAAAAUAAAAGUACAGCUUUAGGGCUUGAUCUUCCAUUCCUUGAAGACAGCAUCGGUUUUGCUGUUAAUGUCAGGGUGAAUGUGGAGACAUUUCCCAGGUGUUCACUGAAACUUCAGUAAUAAAACCCAGUAAUAAAACAGCAGAAAUGUUUUUCAUAAUUUCAGAAUAAAUCGAGACACUGCUAUUUACAGAAAACAGUAUUAAUCUGACAGCUUGGAUUUGUGUCUGUGCUCUACUGAGAGGAAAAAAAAA